UGUGAUGGAUAAAGGACACAUCUAAAGCCUACAGGACACCGGCCCUCGAGGCCUGGAGUUCGACACCUGUGCUAAACCGUCUGAUCUGCUAUUUUGAAACACUCAGUGUGCUCUAUGAAUAGACGUGACUCUAACACCAUCCCUGUGUCACAGGUGGUGUGGGGAGGAGUUGGUGAGGUUUGUCUCACUGUGUUGACCUUCUCACCCAGUCAUUACGUUACAUUAUUGUAACCUUAUGUUAUUUUACUGUAUAAUAAUGUUUUUGCUCUUUGUCAUGUCACACUGUGAUUCUCCAGCCUGUAUUAACUCGUCCUCUUUCUCCUUGUUUUUGUGCAACAGUUGUCCCAAAGUUUCUUUCAGGAAUCACUUUGAAUAUUGUACUUCCAAGGUGACAAAUGCAUGUUGCAUAUUGGUAUCUACCAUCACACCAAAUUUGAACAUGACAUACUUGAUGUACUUGGCACUGGGAAAUACCCCAGGACUCGUUGCUGCAGACACAAACUCUGGGAGCAGGAAGGAUGUAGGAGGCUCCUGUGACGCCCUGUGACCCUUUAUUUUAUUUGUAAUAGAUGACCUUAGAAAGUGUAGAAGAACUGCACACCACACCACAGGCCUGUUUAUUAACAGACAUGUGCUGCAUGCACUAAUAAUCUUAUCUUUGAAUCUGAAGCACACACACCUGCCUUGACACUGAUUCAUCACCAUUAUCUGAAAAUGAAAACGAAACUUAAGCUCUAGUUUUUUAAUUGAACAGUUGCCAUGGUGAGGUGUGCACCAUGUACACGCUUGAGUGUCGGUGUGUGAGUUGAACCCUGAGGCGGUGAAACCGGUUUGUGGAUGAGAGCCGGGUGAGCCCAGCAGAGGAAUGCUGUCUGAUCGUUACACUGGGACAGGACUGAGUGUUCACAGGCGGGUCCUCUCGGUCAGCAGAGGGUUUAUCAGGACUCUGAGCCUCACAGCAGGAUGAAGAUCGCGCUCCUCCUCCUCCUGAACGUUUCCCAGCAUGCCCUGGCUGUGGUGGUGGAGGUGUAUGAGGGGGAAGACUCCGUGCUGCUUCCCUGCCUGUACUCGGGUUUUACGCCUGAGAACAACCCCACAGUCACGUGGACUCGCCACGACCUCGAUCCCAAAUCUGUGCACCUACGACGAGAGGCAGGAGAUGAUCUCAGUGGACAACACCAGCGUUACAGCGGGCGCACAUCGAUGACUCCUGAUGCUCUGGACACGAGAGACUUCAGCCUCACGCUGACAAAACCCAAACAAGCUGACAGCAGCAACUACGCCUGCACCAUCACUGAUGGGAAAAAAGAGUGGAGACUGACAGAAGUACAGCUGCAGGUCAAAGACCAGCAGGUGGAGGUGAAGGUGAAGGAAGGGUCAGAGUCUGUCAUCUUGCCCUGCAAAACAACACCUGAUCUGCCUGAGAAUGCAGCAGUGGAGUGGACUCGCUCUGACCGAGAACUUACAGUGGCCCAUGUGUAUUCAAACAACAGUGACCACCUUAAAAAACAGGACGACCUUUACUGUGGUCGCACGAAGAUGAACAAAGACCUGCUGAGAACUGGAGACCUCAGUCUGACCCUGAAAUACCCCACAGAGAGGGACAGUGGAGGAUACAUCUGCACCAUCUACAGGGACAAAGACAUCCUGAGACAGAAAGUAGUGCUGCAACAUGUCAGAGAACGAUUUCCACCCUGGGCCACAGCUGUUCUUCUUAUUCUAGUUCUUGUUCUUGUGGUUUCUGGAGGUCUUUUAUUUCAUUUCCGGCACUAUUUCAUGUCAGGUGAGUGUCUCCUACUACACUACCCAUAAUGCCGAUGGUUAGCAGGUGUCCUCUGGUGGCUCCUUGACUGCGGCUCACACAAACUUGUUCCAGAAGCUGAAAGAGUUGAGAGUUACAAACAGCUGAUACAGAGAGCUGAAGAGAAACUUCCAGGUUUGUUCCUGUCAGUCAGAAAACCUCCUUCAGACUCAGUCAUUGAUCAGUGAAACAGCUCCACAACAUGACUUUACUAAACAGUGUGUGUGCUUCACUGCAUUGAUCUGACACAGAGGCUGCAUGUGUACAAGCUGUUCUUCUUCUGUGGUGGUAAACAGCAGGCUGACAUGGAAACAUGUGCUGACAGUAAAUGUUGCAGCAGCUUCAGUAAA